GCUACUGCUAGCUAGCCUAGCCGUGCUGCUGAGCAAUGACAUGCUUUGAUAUAGAAAUGCUAUUCCAACGGGGCACAGCGUCUCAUCAGCUAGGCUAGCCUGUUGGAGUGGAAAAUUAACUGGCUGCUAACUGCGAGUCUGGAUAUCAUUAGUGUGCACCCAGCUGUAGUUUAUGUGACGGUCCUUCACGCUGAAUAUUCACCUAACGGAGACGAGAAGAGGUGGCCAUCAGCUAUCGGGUCUACAGAGACGUACCAGAGCCCUUGAAGUUCUCAGCUUUGAUGCAGUGCAGUGAACCUGGUGCAAGAUGACGGAAGAGGUGAUUGUCAUUGCCAAGUUUGACUACAUGGCCCAGCAGGACCAGGAGCUGGACAUCAAGAAAAACGAGCGCCUCUGGCUCCUUGACGACUCCAAAUCCUGGUGGAGGGUACGAAAUGCAACCAACAAAACAGGUUUUGUGCCGUCCAACUAUGUGGAGAGGAAAAACAGCGCCAGGAAAGCUUCUAUUGUCAAGAAUCUCAAAGACACACUAGGAAUCGGGAAGGUGAAGAGCAGGAAAGGAGAGAGGGGCACAGCCUCCAACACAGACACAGACAUGUACGAUAAUGGAGAGCGGCUAUAUGACCUUAAUCUUCCUGCACUGGUCAAGUUCAGCUACACGGCUGAGCGCGAGGACGAGCUGUCUCUCGUGAAAGGCACACGCGUGGUGGUGAUGGAGAAGUGCAGCGACGGAUGGUGGCGUGGCAGCUACAACGGGCGCUCCGGCUGGUUUCCGUCCAACUACGUGACGGAGGACGUGGAUGGGACGGCAGGGGGAGGGGGCAUGGGCAGGCUCGGAGACCCGGCGGGAUCGUUGACGGAGAAGUUGGCGGCGGUAGUAAACAGCACCACCAAUGGAAACCGAGUGCUGCACACGGUCCAGGCGCUCUACCCGUUCAGCUCCGUCAACGACGAGGAGUUAAACUUUGAGAAAGGCGAGGUGAUGGAGGUCGUGGAGAAGCCGGAAAACGACCCAGAGUGGUGGAAGUGUCGUAAAGCAGAUGGACAGCUGGGCUUGGUGCCUAAAAACUACGUCACUGUGCUGGACUCCACUUCUCAUAAACCUGGAGCAGGGCCUGCUGGGCCGCCCACACCUGACUGUGACUACAUCUCACCUUCAGGCAGCGGGCGCUUCGCAGGGAAGGAGUGGUACUAUGGGAAGGUGACGCGCCACCAAGCAGAGGUGGCCCUCAACCAGAGAGGCAUCGAGGGAGACUUCCUCAUCCGAGACAGCGAGUCAUCGCCAAACGACUUCUCCAUCUCCCUGAAAGCGCAGAGCAAGAACAAGCAUUUCAAAGUGCAGCUGAAGGAAAACCUUUACUGCAUCGGACAGCGUAAGUUCAACUCCAUGGAGGAGCUUGUGGAACACUACAAAAAGGCCCCCAUCUUCACCAGCGAGCAGGGAGACAAACUGUACCUGAUCAAGGCCUUGGCUGCCUCCUGAUCCUUCUCUGUAGCAGCCACAUAUAUACACAUACAUGCACUUACACUCACAGAAAUAGAUGUUUAACUGCAUCCAUAUAUAUACAUACAGAUACUUAACAGCAGAACACUCACACUAACAUUCAGACUCCCAGCCUGAGGACUAAACACAUCAUCAGGACUGUAAUGCCCGAUUUGUGAGCAUUCCAAGAGGAGGGAUGGAAAAGGACAGGAGAGGAGGACAUGGAUAAAGGGGAGACAAAAAGACUAUGGACUCCUGAGAGAUGACUACAGACCUCUUGGUCGCAUAUUUUAAAUUAUCCAGAUGUGUUAGGUCAUAGGCUACGCCAUGUAUUUCCACCUUGAUAUCUAUUAGAGUCGCAUUUAGUUUCCUCUUUUUGUUUAUGUUGAUAAUAUAUAAUCUUUUUAACAGUUUCUUUUUAAAAUGUGAUGAUUUUUAACUGUAUUCAAUACACAACAAAACAUACACAGGCAUUUUUCAGAGCGGCCCAUCGAGGUCUACACUGCAACUCAUGUUUGUGUCGUCUGUCUUAAUUCACUCUUUGUGGACACGCUAAUCCACGACUUCUGCUAACUGCUAAUCAUGAAUAAAAACUAAGUGACCAAAAUAUAUUUAUUGAUACGAUUCUGUUAGGAUCACAGUUGCAGAAACACUCAGACACAUGAAGAUUUUGGAGGUCAUCUUUUUUGUCUCACUGCUUGUCUCACAUAUUGCUGUAUCCAUAUCAUGUGAAUGUUACAAAGCUAAGGCAUCACAGACAGGCAGUGGAGGGGGGCUUAAAAAAUAUCCCAUGACUUUGCAUGCAUGCACGCUUAACGGGAUAGCGUCCUCCUCACUCACGCCUUCACUGCAUCUCCCAAAGGAGGGAUUGGCUGUCCACAUUAGUGACGCCGGGUGCAUUUGUGUCUUGAGGUCAUGCAGAGAGUCAGAAAGGGUUUCCAGAGAGCCCACCACCCACCUGUGAUGACUGACAGCUGAUGUGUCCUUGUAUGUUGCCAAAGGGGGCGUUUUCUCUUGAGAUGAAGCAGGAAGAAGGGCGAGAAGCGGGGCUAUCGGGGUGUAACCUCCUUCCAAAUUACCCGCCUGUUCUUCAAGAGCUGGGAGGGGAAAUGAAGGGCCAGUCAAGGCGGUCCUGAGGAUGAUGUCAUUGCUCCAGAAUUAGUGAUCACUUGAGGGAGUGGAGGGUCAUGCAGGGGUCUCGUUUGUGUGCUUGCAGUCACAUACAUCAAGCUAGAAUACGCCCUCUUCCUCGAGGAUUUAAAGAAACAUCUCUUAUGGUUUAAAGCCAGAUAUUUCUGCAUUUAUUUCCUUUGGAAGGCAACUGAGUUUGUUUUCCCCGAUGUUGUGAAUGUCAGCAGAACACAUGGUUUGUAUUUACAGUAUAGGUCUCUGGUGAGUGGGUGUUGUUUGAGUGAAAACGGACCAAGUGGAGUUGCAUGUCGAGGGGGCAGCUUGCAUUAGCGCCUGCAAUCAGAGCUGCAGCAGCGUUUGGCAGGGAGCUGCUCCAGCAGGGAAGACGAAGGAUGAUGAUGCUGGCGGUGAUGAGUUCUCCAGCUGUUGGAUCAAGCACAGAGAAAUAGAGAGAGAGAGGGAGGAAGAGAGGGAGUAAAGGGGAUUUUAUAGAGGAGGAAUGGAAAAAUAGACCCUUAAAAACAAGAGCAGGAUCUAUAGGGAGGAUCUGGAUUAGCGCUCCUAGUCGUGAGCAGAGCCAGAGCUGAUGUAUCGGAACAGAAUGAAAGGAUUUCUGGAGGGCAGGGGCUUUUAAGGUCUGGGUAUGAAAUAGUCAGCAGAGCUAAGAAGAGUGCAAAACAUGGGUGUGAACUUUUUUGUCUUCUUCUGCUUCCCUAGGUGAUUGACACAUCUAUUCAUGAUGUGAUAAAUGGAUGAAAAACAGGAUCACUGUUAGCUUCCGUGUUGAGUUCUGAUGAGUUAAAAAGGCGAGGUCUAAUUAUAAAUAUAAAGACAGGGUCCUUGAUUGAUCCUUUUGAAAAGACACAUUCCAGGAUUUAAAUGAGUCAAAAUGUAAAACACGAUAGUUAUCAGUGAGGCUUUUUCCAUCCCUUGAUUAUGAAAUCAUUUUAUUUAUCCUGCCUGUUCUGACUUUAGUGCUUCUUUUCCUCUUUUCUCUGGAGUAAUCUGGAUUCAUGUUGUUUAUUUCACCUGAUCCCUAACUGUUCUAUCUGUGCCAUUUUCUUUGUUUAUUUGACAAUUAAUGUGAGAUACUAUUUGCCUCCAGCGACCUUUUGGUGAAAUUUUCCUCCCAUGUCUCCAGCUCUAGCAUCUGCGACAUUACACAGCAUUAAAGUGACAAACGCCAACGCCAUGUGCCCCAGUUUGAAGGAUUUAGGAGAUUUUUUUUUGUUAAUGUGCCUUCACAGCUUUCUGUCAACCAAAGGUUUAGCGCCCCCCCCCCUUUUUUUUUUAAGUCUCUAUCUUCUCUUGUCACCACCAUGCACUAUUUGGUUGCUUUUUUGCAUGUGCAUCAGUCACGUCUGCUCAGUGAGUGAGCAAACAUCCUCAUAUCUGAAAGGGUAUUUCCUCAUUUAGAGCUCACUUUGACAAUAGAGGCUUAAUGUUUAUUCUCACGCAUAAAAUGCCCAUGUCUCGUUUUCAAGUGACCUUAACCUUUGCGGAUUUCAUCAUUGAAAUGAAUCAGUGAAUGCCUACAUGUACAGUAUAAAAUAUGUGAUGUUCAUUCAGAAGCAGAACUCCCAGGUGUGAUGUAAUCAUGACCUGAAUCUCGUGUACGAGCACCUCAAGUGUAACGGUAUCACAUAUUGUUGGUUGUGAAGAAACUGUCAUGGUUUCCUAGGAAAAAAGUUUGUGUUUCAUAAAAGACUAGAAUAAGACAUUCACUUUGCAGUUUAGCCACUUAAAUAUGUAAAAAUCCUAAAUGUUAUACUUGAUAUUCAAAGACAGAACUGCAUUCAUAUAGUUAUAUACUGGGAUUCAUUUUACACCAAUGGAGGCCGCAUGAGCAGAGCCUUGUAGCUGUACAGAAAAGAUUUAAAAAUCAGUCACUUUUGUCAGAUAUUAUCAAGAGAUUGUUUAUCAAACUAUUUCAAGAACUACAACUCAGCAGGAAUUCCUGACUGUGAAACAAGCCUGAGAUGACUCCUACCGUUGAUUUCUUGAUAAUAUUCUGAAACAAAUGACCCCGUGUUGGUGCUUUUGUGCUGCUUACAUUUCUAUGGUGUUCGUUGUCUCAAAAAGCUUUUUUUUGUUGUUGUUUUUUUUAUUUUCUGUAUGAGAGAGAGUGAAGAAAACAGAACCAUGCUGUGGAAUGAGAAAGGCAGUGCUGUGAAAUUUAAUGUCAUGCUCUUAAUACUGUUUUUACGGAGGGGAGAUUGUCUUCAGGUGUAAUAAUUUAGAAGAGUUUAUUAGAGUGUUCAAAGACUUAAUAAA